AUGUCAGAGGUGAGAAAACACAACGAGCUUGGCUCUCGUAGAAAGGCUUACCGAGAAAUCCAACAAGAAACUCGAAAGAAGGCCAAGUCCACUCGUUUCCAAGAUGAUUCAUCAAUUUCUAAGUCUGGAUCAGAAGAACCCAUCAGUGCCAGUGAGCUGAAUAAAAACCAGAUAGAACUUCCCAGAAAACGGUUCUACCGUCAAAGAGCACAUUCAAAUCCCUUUUCUGACCAUUGUCUUGAUUAUCCAACGUCUCCUGAUUCUAUGGAGUGGAAGAAUAUGUACCCUGGAUUCUAUGAUAAAGAACGCGAUGAGAUGACUUCGCAGGUGGAGAUAGCGGACAUAGGCUGUGGAUACGGUGGACUUAUGAUUAAAUUAGCACCUGAAUUUCCCCAACAAUUGAUCUUGGGAAUGGAGAUUAGAGUUCAAGUUACUCAAUACGUUGAAGACAGAAUCAUAGCUUUAAGAGAACAAAACCAACACACAAAUGGUUACCAAAAUAUCUCGGUUUUAAGAGGUAAUGCCAUGAAAUUUAUACCCAACUUCUUCCAUAAGGGCCAGCUUCAAAAGAUGUUCUUUUGCUUCCCUGACCCCCAUUUCAAACAACGAAAGCAUAAGGCUCGGAUCAUCACCAAUACCUUAUUAUCGGAAUAUGCCUAUGUGUUGAGAGAGGGUGGAAUAGUGUAUACCAUCACUGAUGUUGAAGAUUUACAUUUGUGGAUGGUUAAGCAUCUAGAAGCACACCCAAUGUUUGAGAGGUUAAGUAAAGAAUGGGAGCAACAGGAUAAAUGUGUUGAGAUCAUGUAUAACGCUACUGAAGAAGGUCAAAAAGUGACUCGGAACAAGGGAAGUAAAUUUGUUGCGUGUUUUAAGAGAUUGCCAACACCUGAAGAUACUGAAUAG